UUCUCGAAGAUGACGUCCAAGAAUCUGUCCCCAAACGGCGAGGCAGUUCCAGACGGUUCUGUAGGUCGCCAUGGAAACCGGUGGACCAAUGGAAUCGUCCUGGCGCUGUCAGGACUCGCGGCUGUGGUGAGUGUCGUCGCCCUGCUGUUCAUGGUGCGGGAGAUCACCUUCAUCCAGGAACAACAAGCGGCAUUCAUGAGAGACAUACAGGAUAUACGGGAUCAGCAAACGGCGUUCCAGACAGAUCUGCGGGAUCAGCAAAUGGCGUUCAUGAAGCAACAGGAAGAUCUGCGGGAAGAACUACAAGCCUACCUGAAGGAUCAGGUGCUCCAGAUGCAGUUGAAGCAAAAGAACGAGGCUAAGGACAAGGGCCCAGCUAGCUCAACUCAAGACUGGAGACGUGAUGACAGCGCCACCUUUUGGAAAAGUGCGGAGAUGCACCGCAGAUCCAAGAGGAACUCAGAGUCCAACACUGUACUCAUUCUUGGAAAACGUUCAGGUAAAUGA